GUUUUAAUUAGCGUUAUAAUUAGCGUUAACCUUCAUGUACCCUCAUCGUAUAUCACGUUAACGUCAACAAUAAAAAAAAAUGUAACAUUAUCACGGAGAACUCAACUAAUACCAUAUAGGGCACCAUACCAGCCUUGACACACUGCCUCCUCUCGCGUUUGGACUCUUUUUUUCGACACAACGCCGGUCGCCAAAACGGCAAAAUAGCUUAUUUACAAUUAAAUGUUUCUACAACCGUUCAGUAACUCGUGUGUAAUCGUCCAAAACGAUACGUUUAAACAUAUAAUUUGAGUAAAUUUAUGUUUUUUUUAUAAAUAAUACGGUGUGUGUCGAGCGGUCCUGGUACCUAUACACAACUACUAUUAAAUGGACUCUAUAAAUAAUAAUAGAACGAAAGUGACGUUUGCAGUUUUCAUAUUCCCAACGUAAAUCGGCUGAACCAAGCCUUCCUCUCUGCAUUUCACCGCAGCCGUUUUACUUUUAUUUUAUUACUAUUGUCGGCUCCCGUCUAAUUUGGGUUUUCUCGGAUCUUCGCUUUCGCCUCAACUCGUUGACGACGUGUUUGUUCGUAUUCCGUAGGCGUCACUACGUUUACCCUCUAUCAUUACGCCGUACUAGUUAAAAUUAAAGUCGGUUAAAUUUUGAAAAAACGUGACAAUGUGCGCGAAUUUACUAUUACCGAGUAAAACGUGACUCUCUCGCUUGGUUUUGUGCGUUUAUUAAUAUUUACAAACACGCGGUAACGAUUUUUGGAUUGGUUGGACCAUUAUCGACGUCAUGGAUCGUACUAUGUACGGGAAAAUCGUCCCGGGGACUUUACAUCCUUAUCAGUGUACAUUAAAAUGUGGGACUUUACCAGGAUGUACGAUGGAAAAAUUGAAGAAAUAUCCAAAGAUUCCAAUAUACAUCGUCGAGUAUCACAACGAUGUUUUACCAUUUAUUUACCGUGCAAUCGGUUCGAAACAUUUUCCUUUAGAAAAUUCGACGUUGGUACACUUUGAUUCACAUCCCGAUAUGUUAAUAUCAAGAACAAUGAAAGCUGACGUUGUUUUUAAUAAGGAGCUUUUAUUCGAGGAAUUAAGUAUUGAAAAUUGGAUUAUGCCCGCCGUUUAUGGCGGUCAUUUUAAAGAUUUGAUUUGGAUAAAACCACCUUGGGCUUUACAAAUGAGCGAGGGAAAAAAAUGUUUUAAAAUUGGCGCCGACAAAAAUUCGGGAUUGCUUAAAGUCGAUUCGAUGGAAAAUUAUUUUUUAACAGAUUGUUUAUACGCCCCCGAAGAAGACUUAUUAGACGCUAAAAAUGUUAAUUUAGACGUGAUUACGUUGGGAAAAGAAAUCGACGAUUUUGGUGAUAUCUCAAAAAUAUUACAAAAUACUUUAAAAACUAAUUAUAUUUUAGAUAUUGAUUUAGAUUUUUUUAGUACUAGUAAUCCGUUUAAAGCCUUAUACAAAGAAGUUGAUAUGUAUGAGAAAUUAAAAGAAAUAUAUAAAUUUGUUUGGCCUGAAAUUAAAACUCCCGCUAAAAUUGUAGAAGCCACAAAAAGAAGAGAAACCCAACUAAAAGAGUUAGAAAAUUAUUUCCAAUCGUUACAAAAAACCAACGAACUACCCGAAACUAAUAAUCCCUCCGAUAUUUAUUUAAAAGUACAGAAACUCAGCGAAGAAUUAAAAGAAACAUUCGGUAACGACAAAGUUGAUUUUGAUAUCGUUCACGACGCUGGUUGUACUUGUGAUGACACUGAUUUACCGCAUCAUGUAUCCGACAAAGACGACCUUGAAACAAUGAUUGGGGCUUUUGAAAAAUUUUUAAAUCUUUUAUCUUUCCCACCUACGCUAAUAACUAUGUCGAGAUCAAGCAUCGAUGAUUAUACCCCGGAAGAAGACGUUGAAUUUAUACAGGAGCGAAUUUUGAAGAUUUUAAAUGAAAAGUUUCAGUGUGAUCAACCUGUAUUGAAAUAUUUAGAGGAUUGUGAAGAUCAAUAAAAAAGUUCAAUAAUA